AUGCGGGAGUGUCAUUUUUAUCAUCAAGUGGGUCCGGCCGCGUUGAUGUAUGUGUCCUUGCGGGACGAUCUACAUCUCAUUGACCCGGAAGCGUCGGGUGAACGCCGAAAGCGCAUGUUCGCGGCCGCACGGCUCAGGUAAGCCGGGUUUUUGGUGAUUUUGAUUGGAUUUUAGGUAACAAAAAGAAGUUUUAGGUCUGACUUUUUAAAGUUAAACUGAGGUUAAUAUGCUUAGGCUUAGUAAGUUUAGCUUUAAAAAGUUUAGUAGGUUUAGACUUAGUAGGCUUAGGCUUAAGGUUUGGACUUAGUAGGCUUAGGCAUAGUAGGUUUAGACUUAGCAGGCUUAGGCUUAGUAGGCUUAGGUUUAAUAGGCCUAGAAUUUGAUUUUUUACAGUCAGAUUUAAGAAGGCUAGGCGUAUUAGGCUUAGGCUUAGGCUUAGUAGGCUUAGAAUUUGGAUUGCUAAAGUCAAGUUUAAGAAGGUUAGGCUUAUUAGGCUUAGGCUUAGUAAGCUUAGAAUUGGGAUUGCUAAAGUUAGGUUUAAGAAGGCUAGGCUUAUUAAGCUUACCCCUAGCAAGCUUAGACCUGGAUUUUGUAAAAUUAGGUUUAUGUAAUAGGUAUGCAAAAGAGAUGCUUAGGCUUAGUAAAUUGGGUUUUGGACUAGGGUUUAGGCUUAUUAGGUUUAAUUUUUAUAAACUUAAGCUUAGUUUUCAUAUGUUUAACAAACUCAAGUUAUAUUUAUUUAGGUUAUUAGGCGCAGGCUUAAUGUGUAGGCAUAGUAGGCUUAGGCUUAAUAAUGUUUAAUGGCUUAGUUUGCUUACAGUUAGGUUUAACCGAUUUAGGCAUAGUAAGUUCAAGUUUAAAAGCUCUGUUUCUUUAAGCACGAGUUUUAUGUAGUAGGCUUAGCAGUUGUAGGCUUAGUGACCUUAGGCUUAGUAGACAUCAGCUUUAUAUGCUUAGGCAUCAUAAUAUAUGGCUUAGUAGCCUUGAGCUCAGUAGGCUUAGGUUUUUAGUAGUGUUAGGUUUAGUAGGCUUUGAAUUCGUAGGCUUAGGCUUAGUAGGCUGAGGCUUAGUAGGCUUAAGCUUAGUAGGCUUAGACUUAGUAGGCUUAGAAUUCGUCAGCAUUAGCUUUGUAGGCAUAGGCUUAUUAAACUUGAAAUUGUUAGCUUUAAUAUAUAAAGUUUAGGCUUAUCAAAAGUCUAACCUUACCAACCUUUUAAAACUAAUCAUUAUUUUUCAAACCAAAAUUUUAGUUUCGCCACGCUAAUAACAACACUCCUUCUACUUCUUCUAUUCCUCCAUGUCAAUGCCAAUUGUGGUUGUAUUGGCGGAGGUGGAGGUCUGCUCCUGCCCUCCAGCUGCUCCUGUUGCAAUGGCGGUGGGUUGAGUAUUCCCGGCUGCAACGCAGGUCCUUUAGGAUUGAGUAGUGGCGGAUGUAGUUGUUGUUGCAAUUGUCAGCAAUCUCUACCGGUCAAUUUGAACCCAAUCGCUUGUAUUUGUUCACAACAACCGUCGAAUCAGUGCCCUCCGGGUUUACAAUUGAAUGGUACUACCAAUCCACAGAUGCCCAUGGUGCCGAUGACUACCACACCACCGCCCGUGAUGAUUGUGUCGGCCUGUGAGCCGUGCCAGUGUGGGUGUGGUAAUGGUGGGGGUGGAUGUUGUGGGGGCGGUGGUGGAUGUGGUGGAGGCGGUGGAUGUGGUGGAGGAGGUGGAUGUGUAUGCGCUCCAACUUGUGCUCCGGCUUGUGCUCCAGCUUGUGCUCCAUGUGGCGGAGGCUGUGGCGGAGGCGGGGGUGGAUGUGUAUGUGCUCCAGCAUGCGCCCCAGCUUGCAAUCCCUGCGGCGGUGGAGGCGGAUGUGUCUGUGCUCCAGCCUGCACUCCAUGCAAUCCAGGAUGUCAAUGUGCAUGUUGCAAUCCAUGCUGCGGCCCUGCCCAACUGGCGGGCGGUGCGAAAUUGCAUAGUUGUUGCCAAUGUUGUGAACGCAAGUACUACCUCUGUAUCCCUAUGAAGGUGAAGCAAUGUUUGAUGCCGGAUACAAAUUGCUACAACAAUGUCAUCAAGAAUGCUUGUAACUGUCAACAACAAAACCAAUGCCCACCUGGGCUACAGCUAGGCAAUCCAGGCGGCACCGCCAACAACCAGAAUCCAGGUGGAAUGACUCAGAUGCCACAGAACAAUCCUGCCAACGGGGCUAGAAGAAGAGUCGCAGUAGAAGAUGAUGAUUACGAAGAUGUAGUUGACAUACCACCCCCACCCCUGCCCAAAAAGAAGAAAAAGAAAAAGAAGAACAAGUCAGCUAAUAGUGAAAGAAGAAAGAAGAGAACGUUGGCACGGUUUGACUUUUUAGCUACUAACGUCUUGAACGUUCCACAAGGUAAGCUCUUGCUCUAGUCUUACCCCGAGCCCUAGCAUUACCUCUAGUCACAGUUGUAGGCCUAGACAAAAGCACUAGCCCAGAGCCCUAGCCCGGAGCCCUAGCCCAGAGCCCUAGCUCAGAGCCCUAGCCCAGAGCCCUAGCCCAGAGCCCUAGCCCAGAGCCCUAGCCCAGAGCCCUAGCCCAGAGCCCUAGCCCAGAGCCCUAGCCCAGAGCCCUAGCCCAGAGCCCUAGCCCAGAGCCCUAGCCCAGAGCCGUAGCCAAGAGUCCUAGCCCAGAGCCCUGGCCCAGAGCCGUAGCCAAGAGUCCUAGCCAAGAGUCCUAGCCCAGAGCCCUAGCCCAGAGCCGUAGCCAAGAGUCCUAGCCCAGAGCCCUAGCCCAGAGCCGUAGCCAAGAGUCCUAGCCCAGAGCUCAAAACCUUUUCCGUUUCCUUUUACCUUGCCUUAGCCUAAUCCUAGUAAUAUAUCUAGGCCUAGCCCAGCCCUAGAAAUAUACCUAGCCUCCAGCCUUAGCUUUUGCCCUAGCAUUGAUAUUUAAGUCUAGUCAUGUAAAUUGGCUUUAAAAAAUAAAAAAAACUAUUAAAAAUGGUAAAAUACGUUGUCCUGUAUGGUUUGGUUGAAAUUUUCUAAAAAAAAUUCAAUUUCAGCUACGGAAUACGGAGAAAGAGUUCGAUUCAAGUAUGCUCAAUCCAGGAAUCAAUUCACUCAAGCAAUAGCGGCAAAGAAGAUGAAAACCCCCAGUAAAUUCAUGAGUAACCCAUAUAAUAGCGUAGGUUAGCUUCUUUGGCAGCUUUACUACUGUGAAAUUCAAAAAAAAUUUUCAAAAAAAAAUUUUUUUUUAAAUUUCAAAUUUUUUUGAAAAAUUAGAAAAUUUUUUUUUAAAUUUUAAACCCAUUUUCAUGCCUAAAAAUUAUUUUUAGACUACAAACUCCCCUUCCAUUAAAACAACACCACCAAUAACCAUAUCAACCUCUAAAAAUAAGUUUCCAACCCUAAUACCCAAUACUAAACCAAUGUCGACUACUACCCAGAUGUAUGACAAAUCAUAUACUACUACUUCUUCAAAGUCAUUACCAGCUGAAAGACCUAAGUUUCAAGCUGAAAUGGCAUCAAAAUCACAAAAUUCAGAUGAGCAAAGGGUCGAAACUACAGUACACGCCACUCUUUCUGCAACAAGAGUGCAUGCUACGCAUUUUGAAAAUACAGUACACUCAAAGGUUUCUGAACACACAGUAGACCCUAAGAUGGCUAAGGGUGUGGUACACUCAUCUCAUAGUGAAGAUUCUGUAGGGCAAAACCAGUUUCAAGCUACAGUACCCCCAAAGCUUGUAGAUGGUUCAGUACAACCAACUCAUAUUGAAGAUACAGUACACUCAGGUCAUGGUAAAGCUGAAGUACACCCUAGUCAUGGUGAAGAUACUGUACCUUCUAGUCAUGCCAAACCUACAGUACACCACGGUCAUGGUGAAGAUACAGUACACCCAAAUCAUGUUGAACCUACAGUACCUCCACCUCAAGCCAACCCUACAGAACAACCAAGAAUCACGUUACCACCAGUCGACUUCUCACCAGGUCAUAUAUCUUUUGGCACUGAUAAUGUAACAUAUACCGAGAAGCCAACGCUAGUUCAUGCUCCAUUGAAUGGAGUAGAAACUUCUGAAACCGCUGAAGAAGUUCAUAGAAAAUUGAAGCCUUUGUAUGAUAAAAGGAAAGAUCUAGAAGAAGAUGAACCUGAAGAAGAAGAAGGAAAGAAUAAAAAGAAUAAGAGAAGGCUGGGGAGGUGGAAGAGGAAACAUAAUGAGGACAAAACAUAG